AUCAAGAUGGCAGAGAAGUUACAUUUCGCCGAUUUUUCUUCUUCCAAGUUAUUGACAGGCGAUAUAGACAUCGAUAUCCUGCGCAGCCGAAGCACUUUGCCAGUUUGGAUAUUUUCUAGCAUACUGGACACCGUUGCAUCCUGCGGAUCAAGGGAAGACCACAUCAAGAAGAAGGAUUUCACCGAGACUUUAAAAGGAAGAAGUGAUCUUGAUUUUUUCAAAGUUCUUCGUGUCACCCGAAGAUCAUUUGAAAUUAUUCAUAGUCUUUGUGAAACGUAUGGACCUGCCCCUUCAGGAAGAGAUCUGCCUUUGGGUACCAGAAACUCACUCUAUGUAACACUCUGGUAUCUAGGCCAUCAAGUGACAUUUAUUCAGCUAUCAGAAUUAUUUGGAUUUUCCCAAACAUCCAUUCAUGAAAGUGUUCAGAAGAUAGUGUUCUUGUGAGAUCUGCUGAUAAAUAUAUAAAGUGGCCAUAUGGUGCAGCAGCCUUAAAAACUGAAGAUGAUUUUGAAAAGAUUGCAGGUAUGCCAUAUGUUUUGGGAGCUAUUGAUGGUUGCCAUGUCAAGGUGAAAGCUCCUUCUAGAAUGCAGGCAGAUUACCUGGACCGUACAUUACAUCACAGUGUGACAUUGCUUGCUGUAUGUGAUGUGGAGAAAAGAUUCACAUUCAUAAGUGCUGGGUUUCCUGGAUCAGCACAUGAUAGUAGAGUUUUUAAGAAUUCAGUGUUGUAUGAAAAAAUAAAAAAAGAACCCAGUACGGUUUUCCCUACACAGAAACAUUACAUUAUAGGAGAUUCAGCCUUUCCAUUACUUGAACAUCUUCUAGUGCCAUUCAGAAAAAGUGAUAACUUAGCAUGUAACAGAAAGAAAUUCAACAAGGUACUUUCUCAGACUCGUGUAGUAGUGGAGCAUAGUUUUGGAUUACUGAAAGGAAGGUUUCGAAAGCUAAGGCAUUUAGAUGUUGACAUAGACCGUGCUCAGUAUUUGAUUACAGCUUGCUGUGUUCUUCAUAAUUUGACCAUCUGCAAUCAUGAGGAAAUAGCUCUGUUAGAACAAGAGAUAAUUAAAGAAGAACACGUCCAUGAGGAAACAGAAUAUGAUAAUGAUCAAAAUGAAGAAGGUGAGAUGAAACGAGAAAUGAUUGUGAAUAUAUUGUAAUUCUGUUUUUCUUGUUUUACAAAUGUUUAUUUUUU